AUGGCCUACAACUUUGAAAUAAGAUAUCACAGCACCACAGCUCAUGGAAAUGCAGACGCACUCUCACGUCUUCCUAUCAGCUCAGAUGAAAAGUUUGACACAGAAGAGGCAUGCUACAAUGUCGUCGAGAUGCCAUGUCCAGUAAAUGCCGACAUUAUCAGGAACAAUAUUAAAAGCGACCAAUCAUUAUUCCUCAAGCUCUACGGAAUAAUAUUGUCAACGUCCUCCACGAGGGUCAUGAAACAACUGGCACGACAACAUGUGUGGUGGCCAGGUAUCGACGAUGAUAUCGCAACAAUUGCAAAGAAUUGUAGCGUUUGCAAGAUAGCAAAUCCAGGCCCUGUAGAGGAAUUCCAGAGCUGGCCAAAAUCGACAUCCGCCUGGGAAAGGAUACACAUAGAUUUUGCCGGUCCUAUAUUUGACUCCAUGUGGUUAAUUGGCGUCGAUGCACAUUAUCAGUUCCCGUUUGUAGUACAAAUGACAUCGACAACAACUGAAAACACUAUAGCUGCACUUACAGCCAUUUUCGCUAUUGAGGGUUAUCCUAAAACCUUAGUAAGCGAUAAUGGACCUCAACUUACAUCAGACUCGUUCAACAUGCACAAAGUCAAGAAGAAGAACCGUCAUCCGAUCCAGUACAGAAUGCUCAACUCAUUCCUGUCUUCAACGAAGUGCCUGCAGCAUCUGAGCAAGACGUUCUACAACCACCAGCACUCGCGAACUAGCCGCUACACACCUCAGGAUUACAGAAACCGUUAA